ACGCUGUAUUUUUUUAAAAGUUAGGGUAACCAAAUUUUUCAGUAGUAAAUUUUCUUUGUGAAGCUUGGUAAUCUUUUUCUCCUCGUGCAAAAGGAUAGGUAGCCAUAAGUUAAUACUAGCACACUAGUACCGUAAAGACCCUUUUUUAUCAAAAAUGGUCUUUUUUGUUGUAAAAAUUGUGGAAGAUGACGAAAUAGUUGUAGUGCCAGUGCAUUGGUUCAUGUUUAGCGAAAAUAAAUGUGCUUUGCCGAUUAAAGACGCUGCACAACGUGCCGAGAGGGAGGAAGUCUUCAACCUGAGAUGGCCACGCUAUGACGCCAAAGUAAUUUCUUCGCAUGAUUCCUACAAAGAUGCGGUUAGCCGCUCAGAAUCAAUACUAAAUGGUAGCGCUGAUACGGAGGUCUCCGAUUCCGUCAAAACAUUUCAGGCACAGGAAAAGUCAAAAACUAGACCGAGAAGAGCUACUGUUAAGAAGGCAAUCGUGGAAGAUCCGUUAUACACCGGAAGCGACGAGGAUCGGCUCAAUCAUAUUUCUGCCAAGGAUGGUGUUGAGGAUUUAGCUGCACUGUGGAGUACCCCAUCGCCUUCAACUUCAAAGCGUGCUGUUCAGCCAGUGUCGUUCACAAAUCCUGUCUCCUCAACGAAAAAUCGUGUGGAUCCUGCCGAAGUGAAUAGGGGCAAUUCACCGCAGUCUGAUGAUGAGUCAAUAAUAAGGAGCAAUGCAGUUCUGCCGGAGCCCCGGACAGAAGAGGUUUCGCUGGAUGCAAGCAGCAGCGGAAAGAGAAAAGAAAGAGGAGAAAAAAAUGACAGUACCGACAUUGAGGAAGACAGCUUCGAAGAAAAAGAAGACUCCUGCAUUGAACCAAGCUCAAAAACCCGGAAAAUUAUCGACGACAAUACUUUUAAAACGAAAGUGCUGACAAAAUUGUCCAAUUUAUUUGCUUUAACAAAAGGUAUGGGCCGAGAUAUCCAAGACAUUAAAUCUGAUAACCGGGAUAUGCGAAGUCAAUUAAAAAAGAACUUUCAAGCUAAAGUAGAUGUUUCAGACAAGUCACACCCUGUCUUCACACUCAGCCAAAAAUACUCCUUUCCACUGAAGAAUUUGGAGGAUUUCAAAAAGUUUGAUGAUUCGCUUGUGGAUAGUGUUGUUAGUACAGAUCAGAUCCGCGUUAUCCGAUCAUUGGGAGGCAAUGAUCUAGGUGCAGUUUUAAGAACGGCGUGGCGUUACUUCAUGACUGACGAACUACUAAGUCAGUUAUCAUGGAAAGGGCAGCAUAAAUCGACUAGCAAAAAACCGAAGGACAUGCCAGGAUUGGAAAGCUACCGACUCCCUUCGGUUAUUUACAAUGCUAUUAAAGAAGAAGGAGGACUUUAUUCCAACGUAUCUUUGACAGAGCUCAACAAACUCAGCGCGGAAUUUGUAACGAAGGCUGGUACCCGCUUGGCGGCUAAGAAGAAAAAAGUUGUUGAUUAAGAUUUCUUAAUUGUUGUAACCGCUCUGACAAAAAUAAUACAUGA